AUAAGCGCACGCACCCCUCACUCUUGCUCGCCCACAUCCUCAUCUCUUGUGCAGAUACACAUUUGUUCACGCCUAAGGCACAGAGGGAGAGAGAGGGAGAGAAGAAUUCAAGAUUUCAAGAGAGGUGGGAAGAGAGAGAAGAGAGAGAAGAGAGCAGUAAUGGGUAGCCAUUCUCCAUCUUUCUCCAGCUUCAAGUCCUAUCUCCGGGCACUCUCUGACACCCCGAACCGCCUCAGCCGCCGCGCUUGCUCCAUAUCAACGUCCUUGGAAGAAACAAGCCGAGUCCGGGCCCGGUCAGGUUCGGACAUGAAGCGCACUCUGCGGUGGUACGAUCUCGUCGGGUUAGGAGUCGGUGGGAUGGUCGGCGCCGGAGUUUUUGUCACCACUGGCCAUGCCAGCCGCCUCUGUGCUGGCCCUGCCGUCGUCCUUUCCUACGCCAUUGCGGGCCUCUGUGCUCUCCUCUCCGCUUUCUGCUACACCGAGUUCGCCGUUGACAUGCCCGUCGCCGGCGGCGCCUUCAGCUACAUUCGCGUUACUUUUGGCGAAUUCUUGGCCUUCUUAACUGGUUCAAAUCUCAUAAUCGACUACGUGCUGUCAAAUGCGGCGGUGGCGAGGGGGUUCACGGACUAUUUAGGUACUGCUUUAGGCCUAUCAACUCAUACGCAGUUGAGAUUCACAAUCCAUGGCCUACCAAAAGGUUACAAUGAAAUAGACUUAAUCGCCGUUGCCGUGGUUCUUCUCCUCACACUUGUUAUUUGCUACAGUACAAGGGAGAGUUCAUGGUUAAACAUGGUGUUAACAGUGCUGCACAUUCUAUUCAUAGUAUUUGUGAUAGUGGUGGGAUUUUGGAGGGGGGAUUGGAACAACUUUACCGAACCCGGGAACCCAAAAAAUGCUGGCGGGUUUUUCCCUUUCGGAGCUUCCGGGGUGUUCAAUGGGGCAGCCAUGGUGUACUUGAGUUACAUCGGUUAUGACGCCGUUUCCACUAUGGCUGAGGAGGUGAAAGAUCCAGUGAAGAAUAUUCCGAUUGGUGUCUCGGGUUCCGUCAUCCUCGUCACCAUUCUUUACUGCUUGAUGGCCGCUUCAAUGUCCGCCCUCCUCCCCUAUGACAUGAUCGAUCCCGAGGCGCCGUUUUCAGGGGCGUUUAGAGAAGGGUCAUCAGGGUGGAGGUGGGUAUCGAACGUGAUCGGUGUGGGGGCCAGUUUCGGUAUUUUGACGUCGCUGCUGGUGGCGAUGCUGGGCCAGGCACGUUACAUGUGCGUGAUCGGACGGUCAUGCGUGGUCCCCUCUUGGUUUGCCAGGGUCCACCAUUCCACCUCCACCCCUGUCAACGCCUCCGCCUUCCUUGGAAUCUUUACCGCAGCAAUUGCGCUCUUUACUGAUCUAAACAUCCUGUUGAAAUUUGUGUCCAUCGGAACUCUGUUCAUCUUCUACAUGGUGGCGAAUGCGGUAAUCUACCGACGCUAUGUGACUGUUGGGACUACAAAUCCAUGGCCGACGCUGUCGUUCUUGUUCUGCUUCUCACUCACUUCUGUCAUAUUUACUCUCCUUUGGCAAUUUGCACCAUCGGGCAAGCCCAAAGGGUUCAUGCUUGGUUCGUGCACUGCUGUUGCAAUUGGCAUCGUGCAGUUAUUCCAUUUCAUGGUCCCUCAAGCACGAAAGCCCGAGUUCUGGGGGGUCCCUUUGAUGCCAUGGAUUCCUUCCAUAUCCAUCUUCCUUAACAUAUUCUUGUUGGGCGCUCUGGAUAGGCCGUCUUAUGUCCGAUUCGGAUUCUUUUCAGCCCUUGUUGUGCUUGUAUAUGUUCUCUACAGCGUCCACUCGAGCUUUGAUGCUGAGGAAGACGGCACUCUUAGUCAAAAGACUGGAGAAAGCAUGAAGGAAUCCAUUGAAAGUGAAGACUACACACUAAAAGUGUAAAUCAAUUUUCUUGUUUUGGCUUCUCUCUUUUUUUUUUUUUUUUGGGGGGGGGGGGGGG